AUGCCCGUUGUCAACACUCAGGCCUCGUCACCAGGUCGGUCAGGCAUCCAGGACCCAGAUCUCCGGGCGCUGCCAAAGCCCGGGGCAGGGACACUCCCUGAGGAUGCCCCACAAGGGGCCCUGGAUCCAGUGCCCUGUGAAGAUUUGUCCUUCACCUUCUCAUCUAAAUGGCUCCUCGUACUAACGGGUGCGGGGCGCAGGGCAGGGUGCAGCGUCCGUGGGCCAAACACCCCAGACACGGGCGCCGGGUGGAGGGAGGCACCCUGCCGGCCCCAUCCGGGCCACGGGGGCCGUGGGAGGAAGGAGGACCGAUCGCCAGGUGGGGAAGCUGCCGCCCGCCUUCGGCAGCGCGAGGCGACGGCCUUGCUCACGUCUGCUCAGGUGAACGUGUCCUUCUCGCUGUCCCUGGAGCUGCUCUCCUAUCAGAAGCUCCCGGCGGACCAGAUGCUGCCCGGGGUGGACGUUCGGCGGCAUGCCAACGGAGAGAAGGAGAUGGUGUUCGCUCAGAACCUGCUCCUGGAGUACGCCGACCAGCCCGCUCAGGUGGUGCCCCUGAAGGCCACCGUGGCCGUGCCCGAGCUGCAGCUCUCCACCAGCUGGGUGGACUUCGGGACCUGCUUUGUGAACCAGGCACGGGUCCGGGAGGUCUACCUCAUGAACCUGAGUGGCUGGGCAGAGCUGAAAUCUAUCUCAGCCUGCCCCAGCUAG